UUAUUUUGUCUGGACUGUGACGUAUUUUCUGGUUCCGGUUUUCUGUGACAGACCGCUUUAGAUUCAUGAGUUUAAAAGAAAAGAAUAAUCCUGUAAAACACACACAGUAACUUCAAGGACAUGGCGUGUUCCAGAGUUCCUUUAGAUGAACUACAAGUGACAGAGGUGUGUGGACCUCAGGGGAGAGAGAGAACACUUCCAGCUCUGCACCCCGAGCGUAAAGAGGAGCGAGGUUUCGUGAUGUACACUCCGCCCCCGGAUGACGACUCACCUGCUGAGGUGGAGGAGUUUCUGGAGCAUGCUCAGUUUAUCUCUGAGGAUCUGGAGUGGCUCCUGUCGCUACCUCAUGACAAGUUCUGGUGUCAGGUGGUGUUUGAUGAGUCUUUACAGAGGUGUUUGGACUCGUACCUGUCUCUGGCUCCUCGCGGUAUCGACUCGUCGUGUCUGUCUCUCUCUCCGGCCGUGUCUGAGGCUCAGCGCCGCCUUCAUCGCUCCGUCUUCAUGGUCUUCCUCAGGAUGGCAACGCACAAAGAGUCCCAGGAGAACUUCAUCACUCCCUCCGUGUUCGGAGAAAUCAUCUACGACAACUUCCUCUUCGACAUUCCCAAAAUCCUGGACCUGUGUGUGUUAUUCGGACGAGGGAAUUCCCAACUGCUGCACAAAAUGAUCGAGAACAUCUUCAUUCAGCAGCCCAGUUACUACGGCGACCUAAACGAGACCGUUCCCUCCAUCAUACAGGUGUUUAACACCAUCCUGGACAGAUGUGGACUUCAGUCGGGAGACUCUGCUGACUAUGAGCCUCUUAAACUGAACACACACACUCGCUUCACCACCAUGACCAUGAGAGAGGAGGAUCUUGCAGACCAGGUGUUGUACCUGUGUGACACCUGCACCACUGUUAACUGCUUCCUGGAUAUUUUUCCUGAAGCCUGUAACACCUUUUACCAACACGGCUUCCUCAGCAGACUCUCCUCGUUUUAUGAGUUAGCAGUUCCUGAAAUGGUGAGCGCAGUGAGGAAGAGGAACUUCAGUAAAUGGGUACAGGAGGAUCUGUGGAGGAGGCUUUGUCACUCUCGCAGGAGAAUGAUAGAGAUCACACACACACUGCUCCAACACAACUGUCUACAACCCAUACUGGAAGGAUCUGAGAACACAGCUGCUCAUGUGGAGGAUGUUCUCCAAACCUUCACGACAUUCCUGCAGGAGAAAAGGUUCCUGGCUGAUUAUGAUGAGGUGUAUCCUGUAGCUGAGGACAUCAGUCUCCUUCAGCAGGCCUUUCCUCACCUAGACGACACUCGGACCUCGUACCUUUUGCAUGGUGUUGAAUCUGCAUGGGAGAACAUAGGAAAAAAAAGACCUCACACCCUGUCAGCCAAUCACAAUGCAGAAUCCAGCAGCAAUGCAUGCUGGGAUACACAGUCUGCACAGCACAAGACAGAAGAGCUGGGGGUGGAGCUUCAGGGGGCAGGGAGUAUGAUUGACAUUCCAACAAGGGACAAUAAUGGGGCAGUAUGCAGUGUGAGUGCUGGAGAGCUAGAGUCACUGCUCUCUCACAUCAGAGACUUGCUGCCAGAUUUGGGGGAGGGGUUUCUGAUGUCCUGCCUCGAAACAUACGGCUACGAUGGCGAGAUGGUCAUCAACAACAUCCUGGAGGACCGAUUGACUCCUGAGCUGAGGAACCUCGACAGGAACAUGCCCAGGCCGGUGAAGGAAGCUACGCCCACAGUGCUCAGCACCCGGUCCAAUGUAUUUGAUGAUGACGAGUUUGACGUGUUUUCUCGGGAUAACGUGGACAUGAGACGUGUGUGGAGGGGCAGGAGACAGGGUGAGAGUAUGCGUGAUCUGCUCAAUGACAAGCAGCACAUUAAUGAACAGAGAGACAGAUAUCGCUCCUACCAGACAGUGGUGGAUGAGAUUCCCAUAGCAACGGACCAGUCUGGUAACCAAGGCAACGCUUAUCUCAUGGACGACUAUGACGACGAGUAUGACGAUACAUACGACAUCAACCAAGUGGGAGCCAAUGAUCUGGACGAGGACGACGAGCUGCUGAAUCGCAGGCCGUUUACGACCCCUCAGGUGCUCAGAACUGGCAGGCAGGAAGAAGAGGAGAAUGAAGAAGAAGAAGAAGAGGAGAAGGAGCCAGCAGUAAAGCGGGAUCAGUUCGUGCAGGAUCCAGCCAUGCUGAGAGAGCGAGCUGAGGCCCGACGAGCCGCCAUGCAGAACAGAAGAGGCUUCAGAGCUCCGCCCCAAAGCAAUGUGGCGGGCGGACCUAAGGGGCGGGGCCAGACUCAGGAGACGGUCCAGGAUCGGCGAAGAAAGGAAGCGAACAAGGGUCGAGGAGCCAAUCACAACCGCCGGAUGAUGGCAGACAGGAAGAGGAACAAAGGCAUGAUCCCUUCAUGAAGCGUCGUUUCUGUUGCCAUGGCGUUAAUAUGCAUCAUCAUCUAGUUGCCAGAGCUUCACAAUUUUUUUUUUUUUUUUUUAUGAUUUUUAUUCAAAUGUCUUGAUUCGGCUCCAAUGCAAAUGAAACGCAACCAAACUUUACGAAUUUAAUAAUAAAAAGAAUUUAAUUUAAUUGAAUGCCGGGGGGGGGGGAUAUGUGUUUAUCUGACCUCAGCAGCUCUCAUCACUUCUUUCUUCCAUCAGUAACUGCUGCAUCUCCAAUACUAAUUUUAUGAUGUCAUCAUGUGGACUAUGACAUCACGGUGUCACUCAUCAUCUGCCUUUAGUUUUGCUGAACUGAAUUAUGGGAUUGCGUUUUCACACCACCCAGGGCGUGGCUCCACCCACAACACAGGUCACCGCCUACCUCAAGUCUGAAGUUACCAUGGCAACCACACUGUAAUUGCAUUAUUGUUGCACACAAGCACUUAACACUCCUGAUUAUCAUCCAGCGGAGUAAAAUUGUGUGUGUGUGUGUGUGUGUGUGUGUGUGUGUGUGUGUGUGUGUGUGUGAGAGAAAGAAAACUUUUAUUUUAAACGCAAAAGGAAACUUUUUUGGGGAUGUGACGAGUUUAAAAUCAAACUGGAAAAAAUAAAAGUUCUUCAGACUUUAA